AUGAAAAAAACACGCCAACCCUACCAUUAUCACAAAAUCCAGUCCCCUCCUAACCCGCAUCUCCCCAUCGCCAGGCGAGCCGCUCUUCCACCCACCCACCCACGCCCCUCCCCGUCCAGUAUGUGGGUUUACAAGCGCGAUGGCCGCAAGGAGCCGGUGGCUUUCGACAAGAUCACUGCCCGUAUCCAUAAGCUGUCGUACGGCCUCGACCGCAACUUUGUCGACCCCGUCCAGAUCACUCAGAAGGUCGUUGCUGGCGUUUACCCCGGCAUCACCACGACUGAGCUCGACAACCUUGCGGCUGAGACGGCCGCUUACCUGACCACCACUCACGCCGACUAUGCCAUCCUCGCCGCGCGUCUGGCCGUGUCCAACCUGCAUAAGGAGACCAAGAAGGUCUUCUCGCAGGUCAUCACCGACCUGUACAACUGGGUCAACCCCAAGACCCUCAAGCGGUCACCUAUGGUCUCGCAGGAGGUAUAUGACGUGACGAUGAAGCACAAGGACAAGCUCGACUCUGCGAUCAUCUACGACCGCGACUUCUCGUACAACUUCUUCGGCUUUAAGACGCUCGAGCGCUCGUACCUCCUCCGCAUCGACGGCAAGGUCGCUGAGCGCCCGCAGCACAUGCUCAUGCGUGUCGCUAUCGGCAUCCACGGCGAGAACCUUGACCGCGUCUUCGAGACUUACAACCUCAUGUCUGAGCGCUACUUCACGCAUGCCUCACCGACCCUCUUCAACGCCGGCACGCCCAACGCACAGAUGUCUUCGUGCUUCCUCGUUGCCAUGAAGGACGACUCGAUUGACGGCAUCUACGACACGCUCAAGACCUGCGCUCAGAUCUCUAAGACUGCCGGCGGUAUCGGUUUGCACAUCCACAACAUCCGCGCCAAGGGCUCGUACAUUGCUGGCACCAACGGCUACUCGAACGGUAUCGUUCCCAUGCUCCGUGCCUACGAUGCGACUGCCCGUUACGUUGACCAGGGCGGCAACAAGCGCCCCGGUGCCUUCGCCAUCUACCUCGAGCCGUGGCACGCCGAUGUCUUCGACUUCCUUGAUCUCCGGAAGAACCACGGCAAGGAGGAGAUGCGUGCCCGUGACCUCUUCUACGCCCUCUGGAUUCCUGACCUCUUCAUGAAGCGUGUCGAGUCGGAUGGCGACUGGACCCUCAUGUGUCCUGCCGAGUGCCCCGGCCUUGCCGACGUCCACUCUGAGGAGUUUGAGCAGCUCUACGAGAAGUACGAGCGCGAGGGCAAUGGUCGCAAGACCAUCAAGGCUCAGAAGCUUUGGUUCGCCAUCCUCGAGGCCCAGACCGAGACCGGCGGCCCCUUCAUGCUCUACAAGGACGCGGCCAACUCAAAGUCGAACCAGCAGCACCUCGGCACUAUCAAGUCGUCCAACCUCUGCACUGAGAUCAUUGAGUACUCGUCGCCCGACGAGGUUGCCGUGUGCAACCUUGCCUCGAUCGCUCUCCCUGCUUUUGUCGACCUCGAGGCGCAGGCCUACGACUUCCAGAAGCUCCACGACAUCACCAGGGUUGUUACCAAGAACCUCGACCAGGUCAUUUCGCGCAACUACUACCCCGUUGUUGAGGCGCGUAACUCCAACAUGCGUCACCGGCCCGUCGGUCUCGGUGUCCAGGGCCUUGCCGACACCUUCAUGGCUCUCCGCAUGCCCUUCGACUCGCCAGAGGCCCGUGAGCUCAACCUGCAGAUCUUCGAGACCAUCUACCACGCCGCUCUCACCGCGUCGUGCGAGAUGGCCCAGGACCUUGGCAAGUACCCUUCGUACGAGGGCUCGCCCAUCUCGCAGGGCAAGCUCCAGUUCGACCUGUGGGGCCGCACCCCAACCGACCUUUGGGACUGGAACCCGGUGCGCAAGAACAUUGCCCAGCACGGUGUCCGCAACUCACUCCUCGUUGCGCCGAUGCCCACUGCCUCGACCUCGCAGAUCCUCGGCUGGAACGAGUGCUUCGAGCCUUACACCUCGAUGCUCUACGCCCGUCGUGUGCUCUCGGGUGACUUCCAGGUCGUGUGUCCCUGGCUCCUGCGCGACCUGAUCAACCUCGGCAUCUGGGACGACAACAUGAAGAACCUCAUCAUUGCCAACCGCGGUUCGGUCCAGAACAUCCCCAACAUCCCCGAUGACAUUAAGGCCAUCUACAAGACGGUGUGGGAGAUUUCGCAGAAGGCAGUCAUCGAGCUCGCCGCCGACCGUGGCGCGUUCAUUGACCAGAGCCAGUCGCUCAACAUCCACCUGUCGAACCCCUCGUUCUCGCAGCUCACGUCGAUGCACUUCUUCGGCUGGAAGCGCGGCCUCAAGACCGGCGCAUACUACCUCCGCACGCAGCCUUCGGCCAACGCUAUCCAGUUCACCAUCGACGCCAGUACGCUCAAGCAGGCCAAGGCGCUCGACAACACGCCCUCUUUGCUCAAGAAGCCCAUGGCGCAGCAGGCUGACCUCGUCGAGCCCAUGCGCAAGGUUGAGAUCAACACGACCGCGCCCAAGGCCGUGCACCCGUCCGUAACCGCCGCGUCGCAGGCCCGUCGCUCCUCUGAGACGCCUGCGCCCAGCGACUCGGAGGAGAUCUCGUACGAGGAGGCCAAGCGCCGCGCUGAGGAGCGUGCUGCCGCGGCUCUCCAGUGCAGCAUCGACAACAAGGACGCCUGCGUCAUGUGCUCUGGGUAA